CAGCAAUGAAACUGGUAUUUAAAAUUCUGUGUUUAUAUACAUUAAGAAAGAAAAUGCGUGCACCAUUGAACAGUGGUGAAACCCACACAACUAUAAAUUCCACAAAUGACCUUGAUCUAUUCCUUGCAAUCUAUAUCUAAUGCUAGAAAAUUUCCCCUUAUUUUUUUUUCAAAAAGAAAAAAAAUUAAUUUUUAAUUUUAAAUUGAUACAUUUUGUGAUUGUCAUGCCCACUACUAUAUAUUUGUGUGCUCCAAUUUGAAUUUGAUUGGUUCAUUUGAAAUUCAAUGAAUUACAUUGGUGCAAUUAAUCUGUUGAAAAUUGAAUAAUAUAAGUUCAGCAUGAAUGAACAUUACUUUCUUUCACUAGUUGAAUUAAAAUAAACGUUGUCCUUUGAAAAUACGGAUUAAUGGCCAAUCAACCUUUAGCUAGUGGACUUAGUGCUCAAGUGAAAAAGAAGCUUGAGGGAAAACGAGACCGAGAUCAAGAACAAAGUGUACUUGACUGGAUAGAGGCCGUACUUGGCAUUAAGUUGGAUCGUUCCAAACAAUAUGAGGAUAUAUUAAAGGAUGGCGUGCUACUUUGCAAAGUUAUCAACAAACUGAAACCUGGUAGUGUUAAAAAAAUCAACGAGAAUGCUACUAUGCCAUUUAAAAUUAUGGAAAAUAUUAAUGCAUUUCAAGAAGCAAUCAAAGCAUACGGUGUGCCUACAUCGGAUGUUUUUCAAACAGUUGAUUUAUUUGAGAAAAAAGAUAUUGCUCAAGUAACCCAAUGCAUUUAUGCACUUGGAAGAACAUGUCAAAUCCAUCCGGAAUACGAUGGUCCUACUUUAGGUCCAAAAUUAGCUCAAGAGAAUAAACGUGAAUUCACUGAGGAACAAUUACGUGAAGGUGCAAAUGUGAUCAGUCUACAAUAUGGUACAAACAAAGGUGCAUCACAAGCUGGCAUGACAAUGGGCAAACAAAGAAUGAUUAUUGAUUAGACUUGUUAUUUAUUGAAAAAAAAAAGUUACACACAUUUUGUGGCUAUCUUUCCUUUUCUAAUUUUAAUAUUCAUAUAAUAAAAAGUAUCACAUGGAAGUUUUAGUAAUGAAAUUCAAUGCUUUGCCAUUGAAAGAUUUUCGCUUGAAUGUUUUUUUCUUUGCUAAGCUUAUUACAGCUAAUUUAAAUAAAAGUAAUACGACAGUAUCACCUUGAGCAAUCAAUCUAUCAUAUGACUAAGCGGUAAUGCUAAAUGAUAUGCUUAAUUGCUC